AUGCCCAACCAGACCCGCGACUACCGAGAUCUUAGGGUCACCCUGACUAAAGAUUUCACAUUCGGAUGGGAUAAUCGAAAUUUCGGCUCUAUCCAAGGAUGCACAUUUUGGCACCCCAAUCCACAAGGUGACCUUUACGCAAUGGGUUCGAUUUGUCUUAGCGGUCGCAACAAUCAAGGCGAAACAAAUUUUCGGGCUGCGCUCCUAGUUGGCGCCAAUCCAAACACGAGUGGAGGUCGGACCGCUGUUAAAAGGCCUGUUGACUGGACUAGAAUUUGGGGGUAUGGUAAUGGGAGUGGAAGUGUCGCGGCGAUUCUGUGGUGGCCCGUUACCCCAUCUGGCUAUGUUUCAAUGGGUGAUGUAAUGGUCCAGAGCCUCGACAAACCCAAUCUCAACAGUCUGGUAUGGUGCUUACGUGCCGACCUAGUCGGUGACAACGGCGUUGAUGGAAGUGAAUAUAUUCCCGUCUUUGCCGAUACAUUCCGCGGCCACUUAACACCCAACUACACCCCUACCAAGCCCAAUACCGGAAAAGCUGUCGUUCCUCAGCUGAAAAUCCCAAACGCCUUUAAAGAAUUCACUCAAGGCGUUCCCAAAGUAACCCCUACUACCAUUCCCAACACCGGAAAACGCUACGAUGUAGUUGAGAAUGCUAGCGUGUGUCUUCCACUUACAUGCUAUUAUCCGGUUAGCGAUCCCCGUUGCAUCGAAGGAAUUUCAAACCCAUUCAUUGAAAUCAGCAAGGGAACAAGCUGGGUCGCAGAAGGCGUUUGGAGCAAUGACGGCAGUGGUCCUUUCAGUCGCGAAAAGAAAAUCAAAUACGGGUUGAGUAAGACAAAGACUGAUGAGAUGUCUCACAGCGUUGGCGUCGAAAUCAGCGCUUCGCAUGGAUUCAAACUCGUCGAAGUUAAUGUGACGCUUAACUAUCAGUUUACGACCUCAAGUUCUAGCUCGUUGACCGAGUUUACAGAGUCGGAGGUGACAGAGAGAUUUGAAGUUCCGCCAAAGAGUGUAACGGUUUUGUUCACCAAACAUGUGUUUUUGAAAGGUAAGCGGAUGGAUGGAAGUACAGUGAUUAAUCAAGCGGAAGCUAUUGCAAAUGACGAUUUGCAUUUUGGAGGUUGUCCUCUGCCUUGA